GUACGGGGCGGCUUCAAUUCAUAUACAAAAACGGAGAGAGCGGGACCCCAUGGCUAGGGCAAGGUCUGGAAGGCUUUCACGCAGCGGCAGUGAGCGCCAUCGCAACAAACUUUUCCAAUCCUGGUUGCACUAGGGAUCGAGCUGGCGGCUGCCGGCCAGGGUGAGCAUCAAGGAGGCCAUGUCGUGGAAAUGAACCUGCAGCCAGUGAGAGACGGCGUUGCGCACAAGACAUCGGCCGCUCACCUGUAAGAGGACGAACGAUGCUAGUCACUGAUCGGCGUGACAAAAGCUUGACUUGUUCAGCAAACCGCGGUGGCGCUGACGCCGUCGAGCGCCGCCGUUUCAACCACUCAGGAACCCGCAUACCCGUCAGGAACAGCCGCCAGGGGAUGAGGCCAACAACAACGAGCGACACACACGCGCACAUCCUCCAGAUUGAGCUGUUGAUCUUUAAAUGCGAAUACCAUUCUGGUUACUGCUCAGGGCCUUGCCCGUGGGAUUUGAGUACUCAACCCAUUCAGUCGAUCUCAGCCGCUCCAUGUUGCGCUAUCGAUCCACUGCAUGUCGUUCCACACAGGCGACAGGCAUGUUGUCCCUCUUUCGUUGCGUUUGCUCGACUGGGAUGUUGGUGCUGGCCGCGUUCGCUUGGCGACCCCCGCGACCUGUUCAUUUCCUUUGUGGGAUCGACUCGGGAAUUUAAUGAGCGCGAUUGUGCACCCCGGUGCAUCUCUAGCAGUUUCAUUGUGAAGCAGUCGUUUGUUGAAGGCAUCAAGUCAAGUUCAAAGAAGCUGAGGCGAGGCUGCGCAACGUGGCUGCUAUGUUCUCGCCCCUUGCAGCUAUAUGCACUGAAGAGGAAGGCGCACCGACGCCGAGGACCGUGGGACAUGUGAAUACGAGAUCUUACUGUGCACAGCUGGGGGAUGCCGCUCGUAGCUGAGCAUU